AUGAACAAAAAUGGAACAGCUAAAAUGAAUGAUAAUCAAAUAAGAGCCGAAGGUAGAAGGUUAUUUAAACGCUUCUAUAACAUUCCUGAUGGUGUUAAUCCUAAAACUCGUAGAAGUUAUUUAAAUGAAGCCAUAGAUGCAUAUGAAGGAUUUGACAUUUCAUCAGAAAGUGAGAGGUUAGCAAGAAUGUUAAACGUUAAUAUUGAUUUUUAUUAUUGUGACCCUCAACCAGAAGACGUAGACAUUAACAAGGUAGACUUUCCAUUAGUGGAUUCAAUAAUGAUAGAUCCAGAAUUUAAAACAGUAAAUAUUUUAUUAACACAGAGUCCAUGUGGAAAACUUCACGCUAGAAUAACAGACGUUGAAGCACUCACAGGAUAUAAAGUUUGCCCCUUUUGCAAAGAAGAAGUAUAUUCUAUCCGUGAUGAUCCAGAAAGGAAAAACCAAAGAAGAUUUUUAAAACAUUGUGAGAAAUGUAAAGAAAAUAAUGGAAGAUUAAUUCAAGACGUUCAAUUGCAAAACACACAACAACCAUAUGCACCACAUAUUACGAAACAGAAGAUAUAUCAGUGGUUAUUAGCUCACAAUUUGCAGGAAUAUUAUCAACCGACAAGAUAUUAUAUUACUUUUGACUUCGAAACAUUAGAGACUAAAGAAGAAUUACAACUUUCUGAGUGUGCAACUUUGAAUGCUUACUUAAAACCAUUCAUGGUAUCAUCAACGGUUAAAUUAAACGAUAAAACAUAUACGAGGAAUUUUUGCUUAACUUCGAGUGAUUCUUUUAUUUCUGAUUGGAUUAAGUUUUUAUUUUCAACCUGUUCAUUAGUUGCUAAAUCAAAUAUUGAACAAUAUGAAGAAUUAAUGAAGUCGCAAACAUUAAAUGAAAAACAGAAGGAAGCAUUUAAAGAACUUCUAGAUGAGGAAUUCAAUAAAGUGAAUAUCAUAGGUUUUAAUUCGGGAAAGUUUGAUUUAAAUUUAAUUCUUCGUGAUUUAAACACUGCAAAAUGGAAAAUAAAAUCAAUGCUGGGUUCAUCUUCACAAUUUAAGCAAAUCAUUGUAAAGAAAACAAACGUUCCAUAUGAAUUGAGAUUUAUUGACAUCAGAAAUUAUAUAGCGGGUGGGACAUUAGAUCAAUUCACUCAAGAUUUCGGAAACAAUAAAACACGUGUUAAAUCCUUUUUCCCUUAUCAAUUCAUCACGUGGGAAAAUUACGAAGAAGAAUUAUAUAAAGUGGAACCAUUCACUCAAGAUUCAUUUUAUUCAGCAUUAACUCAAGAAACUAUAUCAGAUAGUGAUUAUCAAAUAUAUCUCAAUGAUGCUAAAAAUUUUAAGAAUAGAUUAGAAUAUUUUAUUCAUUAUUGCAAUAAAGAUGUUGAAAUUAUGAUUGACCCAAUUGAUAAAAUUAUCGAAGA